UCCAAACAAUAGCAUUAGGCCUUUCAAAAAUUAAAAUGAAUUAGAAAAGCAAUAAUAAUUGUGAAAAAAUAAAGCUAAAAUUAUUGAAGGGGGAGGACUGAAUGAGAAGCACCAACGGAACACAGAAAACUCCUCUGUCUAUCUGCGGCCGCCGAGUGAAAGCGGGACAUUACAGAGAUCGAAAAGAUUAUUACAGCGGCAAAGCUGAGAUUCAUGGAGACCACGGGACAGCUUUCAAGAGCUUCCACUUUGCAGUGCUAAUAUGCCCGUCUCCGUUGCUCGCUCAGUGAUUCUCUCAUGCCUUGUCGAACCGAAUUGAAAUGCUCAGCUUCCGCUCCACUAAAUUCCUCCUCUCCAGAACCAACACCAACCUCCAAUCCCUCAGCCACCUUAAUCCCUUCCCUCCGUCCGCCAGCACCACCAACAAAGACGCCUACUUUGCCUUAAUACACCACAUAACCAACAUAGUCCGCCGCGACAUCUACCCUGAACGCACUCUCAACAGACUCAACCUCCCCGUCACCUCGGAUCUCGUGUUCCGCGUUCUACGCGCCUGCUGUCACUCUCCUUCUGAAUCCCUCCGUUUCUUCACAUGGGCCCGCGCCCAUUACUCCCCCACCUCCGUUGAAUACGAAGAACUCGUCAAAACCCUUGCUCGCGCAAAGCUAUAUGCUUCCAUGUGGAAACUCAUUACCCAAAUGAAGGCCCAAAAUCCCAAAUUCAGCAUUUCCAGCGAUACGGUUUGUUCUAUUAUCCAAGAGUAUGGGAAACAUGGACUCAUCGAUCAGGCUGUGGAGGUUUUCAAUAAGUGCGAUGGUUUGAAUUGUUUACAGGGCGUUGAUGUUUACAAUGCAUUGCUUUUUGCUCUCUGCGAAGUAAAAAUGUUCCAUGGCGCUUAUGGUUUGAUUAGAAGGAUGAUUAGGAAGGGUUUGGUUCCUGAUAAGAGGACUUAUGCGGUUCUUGUUAAUGGGUGGUGCUGCAAUGGCAAGUUGAGGGAGGCACAGGAUUUUUUAGACGAAAUGAGUAAGAAGGGGUUUAAUCCUCCAGUGAGAGGUAGAGAUAUUUUGAUUGAAGGGUUGCUGAAUGCUGGGUAUUUGGAGGCUGCCAAGAAAAUGGUUACGAAGAUGACUAAAGAGGGCUUUGUGCCAGAUGUUAAUACGUUUAAUUCUCUGAUAGAAGCUAUCUGUAAUGCAGGGGAAGUUGAAUUUUGUGUUGAUAUGUAUCAUGGUGUUUGCAAGUUGGGGCUUUGUCCUGAUAUCAACACUUAUAGGAUUUUGAUACCUGCUGUUUCAAAAGUGGGCAGGAUUGAUGAGGCUCUUCGGUUAUUACACAAUUCAAUUGAGGAUGGCCAUAGGCCAUUUCCUAGUUUGUAUGCACCAAUAAUCAAGGGGAUGUUUAAGAGAGGACAAUUUGAUGAUGCCUUUUGUUUCUUUGGUGAAAUGAAGGUGAAGGGGCACCCUCCAAAUAGGCCGGUGUAUACAAUGUUGAUAACUAUGUGUGGACGUGGAGGGAGAUUUGUGGAAGCAGCCAAUUAUUUGGUUGAGAUGACUGAGCUGGGUUUGACACCGAUUUCCAGGUGCUUCGAUAUGGUUUCUGAUGGAUUGAAGAAUUGUGGGAAGCAUGAUCUGGCUAAGAGGAUAGAACAGCUUGAAGUGUCUCUUUGCAGUGUCUGAUGGUUGCAAUUGUUGAAACAAUUUAUGCAGUGAGGAUGGAUUUUGAUAGAAAUGUACAACAUUCUGUUAAAUGGAAAGCUGUCUGACUUUUAACAGUUCUUGCAGUUAUUGUUUAUCAGGUUGCUUAGCCUUCAGAUCCUUUCAAGUGCAUUCUUUUCAUGGCAGGGCUAAUGCUACUGCUACCUAUGAUGUUAAGCAAGCAGUGAGAGACAGGAGAAGGGAAAGUGAAUUACUGGCAGAUUAUUUAUUGGGAUUUUUCUAUGCAUGAUGCGUCUUCAGCUUGUUACAAUUGCUCUCUUUUUUCUGUAGCAGUUGAAGAAACUUGGUUGUUCUGAACUGGAGAAAACAGGAGGAAGUUAUGAUACAGGUUGGCUUGGCACAGAAGCAGGCAUUUGAGUAGGAGUUAAGAGAUAUCCAUGUAUAAUUUCUAGCAGCAGGCAUUAGGUAUCAAGGAUCAUUAGAAUCCUACCAAAGGAAACGAUGAGAGCCAAUAUUCUAGAUGUAGACUAACCCCAGCUGAUGAAUAAUGAUCCUUCAAUAUUUAAAUUGUUUGCUUCUUGUUCCUUCCA